CGUGGUUUGUUGACCUGGCUUCUCAGAUAAUGAGGCAGAUAAGGGAGACGGCGGGAAAAACGUUUCGCCGCUGAAGACCGCUUUAGCGCCUCGCGGCUCACGCCGUCAUCCGCCUACAUCAUCCGCCUCCUACUUCAGUCCACCCCUACGGCACAGCCUCUUCUACGCGUCGUGCGAUUAAAGUACGCGCCGGCGAGAAGUUUCCGAGUACUUGUCCGCGACACGCGGACGUGGAGCCUUAGCCGCGACUUCGUAACGCGCGAGACGGCCUCCGCUUUUCCUCUCGCGGCUCUCCCCCCCGAUUUUUCCCACGUGGAUCCGUGGAAGAUUGCGAUCGGGUGUUUAUAUCGCGAUACGGCGCCACCAUGGGCUUUGGAAGCUUACGGGACGUAAAAGACGACAGCAUGCGGCUGUGCUGCUCAAGGAAGGACGAGGCUGACCCGCUGCGGUCGGCGCCGGAAAAUGGGGCUACGAAAGAACCGCCAGCGGGGAACGACAUAGAAAGAUUUGGAUUUUACCAGAUGGCGAUGUUCGCAUUUAUUAGCGUGCCGCUGAUGCUAACGGCAGGCUUUACGCUUUCCUACGUGUUUACCGCGGGCGAGGUGAAAUACAGAUGUUUAGUGCCGGAGUGCGAGAAUGCGGGGAACACGACGUUGGAGCCGCCCUGGUUCAACGCUUCCGCGCCGAAAAAGGACGGGGUUAUUUCCGGUUGCGAGCGUUACGUGGUGCGAGACAACCACCCGGACACAUGCACGGAGGCGUCGUUCACCAACGUUACUCGCGGCUGCGAUUCUUGGAUUUACGAUCCGGACGAGCGUACGAUACUCAACGAGUGGGAAAUUACCUGCGACGCUAAUCGAUGGAAACUCACGUUGGUCGGCACGAUACAGAACGCCGGUCAGUUCGUCGGCCUGAUGUUCGCUGGAUACAUAUCCGAUAGAUACGGGAGACGAACCUUUUUGACGCUGGCGACGUCUCUGGCUGGAGUCAGUGGCUUGAUACAUUCCUUCUCCGUGAAUUAUUGGAUGUUUCUCGCAUUCGAAUUUCUCGAUGCCACCAUGGCGGCGGGAAUUUACAGCGCGGGAUUUAUUUUAGGAAUGGAGACGGUAGGGAUGAAAAACAGAGUCUUCGGGAGCACCAUCCUCAGCUGGAUGUUCGCCGUAGGUGAGAUCUUGCUGGGACUGUUCGCGAGUUGGCUAAGAUCUUGGCGAGCGCUCCUUAGAGUAGUGUACGGCCCGGCAUUGCUGGCCAUUCUCCUGCCUCUGCUCAUUCCAGAGUCGGUUAGGUGGCUACUGUCAAGGGGCAAGCACGAAGAAGUGGAGAAAAUAUACCGUAAAAUGGCCCGAAUGAACGGCCUGCAAGUAACGGACGAGGCCAUCACUGCGUUCAAGCAGUUAAACACAACUAAGGACGAAGAGAAGAGCGAGCUGGUGAUAUCGGACAAGAAGAAACCGAUCGUGCAGGUUCUACAUAGCUCAGUGAUACUCAUUCGACUGUUGGUCUGCUCGUUCUGCUGGCUCACGAACACGUUCGUUUAUUACGGACUGUCGUUGAAUUCCGUGGCGUUCGCCGGGGAUAAGUACAUCAAUUUCAUGCUCGUCGCGGUGGUCGAGAUACCGGCGUAUUGCCUCGCCUGGGUGCUGACCGAUCACAUUGGCCGUAAACCAACGCUCUCCGGCGCGUUCCUGCUGAGCGGAACGUUCUGCCUCGCAAUCGAGUUCAUACCGAAAGGAGCCUGGAGUUACGGGCCUUUACUUUUAUACAUGGCCGGGAAGCUGUGCAUCACCAUGGCGUUCGCCACCGUCUACGUCUACACGGCGGAGCUGUUCCCGACGACGCUCCGGCACUCCCUGCUCGGAAUUUGCAGCAUGACCGGCCGCGUCGGGUCAAUCUUAUCGCCGCAAACGCCUCUCCUGGCGCAAAUAAUGCCUUCGCUGCCGCUCAUCCUGUUCGGGUCCAUGGGCAUGAUCGCGGGCGUCCUGUCCCUGAUUUUCCCGGAAACUUUAGGGACGAAACUUCCGGACACCGUGUGGGAGGCGGAGAACAUUGGCAAGUCAAACGGGACUCGCGAAAUUCCAGGUCUUAACACGCCACCACGCCGGAGGAGCAGCGCAGAACGCUAAGACGCGUUAAGUCUUUCUCUCUCUCUGUCUCUCUCUCUCUCUUUUUCUCUCCGUGGAAGAGCGGCGAUAGCUUUUAAAAGUUUACUAACGGCGGCGGCCCCGAGAUGCACCCGGUGACGCCAGACAGAGAUAAAGGGGGUGGCCUUCGCGAGACUCGACUAAAAUACACGGGGCGCGCACAAUUGAUGGGGAGGAGGGGAAUUGCGAAAUCCCGCCGUGCUCGCCGCAACAACGGGCGCGACGCACGCUCGCAGAUUUUAUCUGUCGGCGAUUUGAAUAAGCACGGCAUAUUCCUCCCCGUAACUGUUUACCCUCCGCCGUCGCUGCCGCUACGCCCGUCGUCAUUUGUCUUACUCCCCGCGUUUAUCCGCGCGCGCCCGCGCGUGCGGAAGAGAAGGAUUAUAAUAUCUUCCGGUAAAGUCCCGGUGUUCCCACGGUAUCUCGAAAUCUUCCGAAAUCUCCUCGACGUGCAUGCGCGUGCAAUUCGCGAGGUGUUAAGUGGAACUAGAUCGGAACUCCGAUGGUCCGUCGCAUUUCUACGACACUUAUAUAUCUUCCUCGCGCGUUAUCUUUCGCCUCGCGAAUAUCGCGAUACUCGCGCGACGCUGAAAACAGGGCAAGAGGCAGUGAUGUGGGCUGCCCCGCUGAUAACACGGGCCCUUUUUAAAAUUACAUUAUAAGCAACGCCGUUUCUUGCGAGAGAUUUUUUAUUUCUUCUCAGCGUAGUUCCCGAAAUUGCGGAACAGUCGCUACCGCGACUGGCGAGACUUCUUUUUGUUAACAAUUGACGUUUAUCUUUUACAACGCGCGUCCAAGCUGCGAUGUUCAGUUUAAUGUGGUAUAACGUUCGCGAUUGACAAUUUUGUACUCUGUAUUAAUUUUCAAACUGCAUUCCUAUUUUGCGAAAGUAAAUAAGUUAUCAAGCAUUUACUAAUUGCAAGUUGAAUAUGUUCUCGCUGGGAUACAAUGAAACUUUGUUAACGUUUCUAUUAUAAUAUAUUAGGCCUCGCAACAAGCUGGUGUUACAGGCCUGCAGUCCACAUUACGGAGCGUUGCUUUUCAUUACAAAUUCUUGUGGUUUCUCAAAUAACGGGGACCACAUUAUCGCCAAAGUCGAAACGGAAGUCGAGAUUACGGACACCGAAUGCAUGUACGAGACAAAAAUGAGUCUAAAGAGAAAGAGAGAGAACAGUGAAGAAAUUUUCAGUACCUGCAACUACUUUGCAACGACUUGUGCGUUGCGUUAACACUCCAAGUUUUGAUGCCCAAAAAGCUAGAAAGGAAGCCUGUUUUGCUCGAGCAUUUAGAAAACAAAUUGAUGGAUAACGAACACGGAUUUAAGAAACUGGAUGAUGAAGAAUGAAUAUACGGCGUGUCAGCUGUAGUGUGUUCAUACCGAAUGCGUUGGAGCCGAGAGAUUAAUUUAUACGUGUAAUUUUAGAAAAAAAUUAUAUACUUUCUAGAUUUGGCUUACGGCGCGUAAAACCACGUAAGUCUGAUAUUUUAUUCCGGUGUUCGCGAACAUUUUACCUCGCCUCGUGAAGGAACAACAUUUUAAUUCGCCUCAGGAAGGAAUAACUUGAUGAAGUGUAUGUAAGAGCAGUUGCGUAGAAAAUUUAUGCGUUCGCAAGUUGGGCCCCGGACCCACCUUACCAAUUUAAAGAGGGUUAGCUUUAGCUUUACCGUUAGCUUUAGUUAGCUUCAAGGCUACAUCGAUACUUACGUUACAGUUGCUUUUUCAUUUAACUAUCUUUUUCAUUUUAAACGUACUUUUGUUGAACCUAAAUUAAUAAAUUGCCAUUUGCGAUACUUUCAAGAGAGAUUGGGGUAUAACUAAAAAAAAAACUUUGCUCAAAAGGACAAAGUGGAGGUCUAUAUUACCAUAUCUUCCUCUGUCACUUAAAAGAAAAGAAAACUGAAUCGCGACUCGUUUUACCUAAUUGUUUCGCGGAGAUCGUAGCACGUAGGGCGAAUAUAAAGAUGUGUAAAGAGAAAUGCAAAUGUCACAGUUCUGUAUGUUCCACGCCGGGAUUUGCUUCGCGUAGCGAUGCGCGGACGAUUUGCUCGUACAUGCACCGCCAUCGCGCACCUGUCAACGUAAAACAUUCACGAAACACCGAAUGUCUACCGUGUAUGUUAUAUAGCGCAGUUUGACCGUUCAGUAUAUGACAGGAGCUUUAUUUUUACUCUGAGCCCUUGGUAUUUCCAUCUUGUAAUUCACUGGCGUGACGUAAAACAUAUAUAUCCGCUGUUGAUUCGUUGUGGUAAUUUAGUUUUAAUUAUUCCAACGAGGCAUGGCGCGCGCGUGUUACGCGUGUCUUAUGUAUAUUUUAGCCGUUUUUAGUUUUAUCGCGAUUUCUUAUAUGCACAUAUAUGGGAACAAUGCCGUGUCUAACGAGAGUGCAAAGUAUUACAAAUCGGAGCAGGAGUUUCUGCACACGUGGAACUUUUGUUUCUUUUUUUACCUGCAACAAAAGAGACUCAAUUCAUCGAGACCGUUAGGUGUACACCGUUGUAGUAUUAAAAAUAUCAAUAAGUAUUGCGAAUUUUUUAAAGAGACAUCGAUAUCGCGUGAUUUGUAAUGCGACUGUGAGGAACAAUGUAUUCUUAUGUAACUUAACGAUAUUGGAGAAAAAUGGUUAUUUUGUCGAAUGAAUUUUGUAAUGUGCGCAAAUGUCAGAUAUAUAUAAUAAAUAGAUUAUUCUUUA